GUUCUCGUUGCAGCCCUGAUUAGCCUGUCCUUCGGGGGAGCGGUCGGACUGAUGUUCCUGAUGCUGGGAUGCGCCCUUCCCCAGUACAACCAGUACUGGCCUCUGUUUGUUCUGUUUUUUUACGUCCUUUCUCCUAUCCCGUACUGCAUAGCACGAAGAUUAGUAGAUGACACAGAUGCUACAAGUAAUGCCUGCAAGGAGCUAGCAAUAUUUCUUACGACAGGCAUUGUUGUCUCAGCAUUUGGGCUACCGAUAGUGUUUGCGAGAGCAGAACUGAUUUACUGGGGCGCGUGCGCGCUUGUGCUUACGGGGAAUACAGUCAUCUUUGCCACGAUCCUAGGAUUUUUCUUGGUCUUUGGCAGCAAUGACGACUUCAGCUGGCAGCAGUGGUGAAAGGAAGAUAAGAGAACUAUCACAGGCAUCUUGUCAUGCAGUGGCCAUCCAUACAAACGAGUGAAUGGGCAAUAAAGAGAAGUAGCGUAGCAAGCCUCUUGAGUAUUCUAGAUGCUCCUUUUCCCCUUGUUUGUUCCAAGUGUACUACUGUCACUGGCAGGGUUUCUAUAUUUUUAUGAAGUUAAGAGAUGAUUGAUUUCAUUUUUACCUAUGGUAUAUUUUUAGGUGCUCUCUUGGUUUAAACUUGUCAUCCUCCUGUCCGGUGUUUAUGUGAAGCUUUAAAUCUGGAACAAAAACACUUACACAUGGUUUCAAAGAAGAUUCGUUGGUUUUCUUGGGGGUUUUUUGGUUUGUUGUGUGGGCUGUUUUUUUUUUAAGUUAAGCAUUAAUACUAUGUUUCACAAAUAACUUUUCUAAUAUAGUGAUUAAAUUAUGUAAAAGCUGAAUGGAGGUAAGAGAUUGUGCACCCCCGUUGUCAAUUACCAGAUCAAUAGGUUGUUGCUGUAUUUCAGCAGAGGCAAAGCGAGGCGGGGAGUACCAGUUGCAGAUUUUUCCUCUGCCCAUACCUCAAACUGGGUGAUGAAUGAUGGCAGCCUUCAUUUCAGGAGGAGGCUGAGGAGCAGGUAGAGUUAUUUGGGAGAAGUCCUAAAUUUUAACACCGCUAGCACUUUCACCUGGUUUGUUAUCAAUUCUUGUGUGGAUGUGACAUUCAAAUACUCUACAUGUAUUGAUGCUAUGACAUACAAAACUGAAGUGUAUUGUAGGGGAAGGGAAAAUGAUGUUUAAAUUGCAUUUUUUUAAAAAAAAAAAUCUCUUGAACUCUUUCUAUUUAUAAGUAUUGUAUGGUUUUGAACUUUUAUGUCAACUUUUUACCACAAAGAUGGUAAACUGUUCAUUUAUGGAACUACUGGUCUGUGUUAAUUUGAAGCAUAUACAAAGCUAUUUCCUUCUUCCCCUUUUUAAUUUAUUUUAUACAUAGUAUAUAUAUAUAUGAUAAACCAGCUUUUCAAAUGUCGAUUAAAACUUCGUGUUAAACUUGCCUAAGAAUGAUUCCCCUCCCCCUUCACACAACGCAGCUGAGGCAUGACUUUUUUGGAAGUCACUGGCUGAACUGGUUUCACUGACUGUUUUUAAGUUCUUAUGCACUAUUGGUUAAAAAGAUUUAAUGUUAUGUCUGUAACUGUAGCUUGUGUUCUGUACGAUUGCACAUGUAGCUUCAAAUAUUUAAGACAAGUUUUCUGCAUACCUCUCAAUUGUUUGGAUUUUUCAUUUAAAGAAAUCUGCCAUUAGAUAUUCCAUCACGAGAUAGUUGAUGAGUGCCAGUUAACCAGGUUUGAUUGUACCACAUGAAGUGAUAAACUUGACCAACCAUACUUCUAAACGGUAUUUUUGUUCAGUUCUUAACAAAAAAAAGAAAGUCUAGGAAACUUACUGUGCAUAAUUAAAAGCUGAUGAUUGCUUAGGUCUUGCUUAACAGUGGAGCAGCAUGAAAAGGCACAGAAUUGCAGGUCUUGGCUGUAGUAUUUGUGCACAGGUGUAAACAAAGUAUUAAAGCUUGAAUAUUUGAAGUCUGAUAGUAAUGGUUGUUACUUACAUGAUAUGCUUAAGGAGCUUACACCAGCAGGUAGGGGCAGCAGGGAUGUAGCUACCUACCCACGCUGCUUUGUUAAUGUUGUCCUGUGUAUAAAAAACAAGAGCUCAAUUUUAUCCGUGCUGGUUGAGGAGCAAAUAGGUGUUGGAGCCCUAGCACAGAAGCCGGUCUGCAGCUGGUGGUCUUUCAGCUGUACGUAAAAGCCGUACCAGACUGCCUGUGAUGGUGAAGUUUGGAGCAGGCGCGUAAGGGCUGUAGAGUCACUCGUUACAUCACCUUUUUCAGUGAGACUUCUGCAUCUUGCCCCCAGCAUGAUGGAUGCUUCGGAGAAUCUUCCAGACUGGUGGCUAAAUUUGCAGUCCUUGCGAAGGAGGAACACUUAAGACUUGUACAAAUCUUCUGAAUUUGUUGCCGACUCCUUUCUUGUGGUCAGGAACUCUGUUUUCUUUUUCAUUCCUGUGCUGCUAAGCCUACUUCUCCAUGUGACGCUACUCUCUGGAUCUCUCUGGCCAUAGAGCUGAUUGCGUAUGCAUUGGCGAUGCAUUCUUUGUAUGUUAAUUGCAUUACAGCGUUACCUUCUUUUGCUUGCGCACUGACUAUGUGCAGUAUUGCUCUCAUUGAUGAGCUGGACACUUGAGAGGUACGAUCCUUCCAUGUAACAUGCACUGAGAUAGCGUUGCCACCCUGCUAGAGGGAAAAACUUUGAACAAUAAAAAAUUUAAAUAGCAGUCUUGAGUUCUG